AUGUUUAAUUAAUAUCUUAAAUUACUUCACAUCUAAUAGGAAUCAAAAUUUAUUGAUUAUAUUUCAGAUUCACUCAAAGACGAUUUAAAAUAAUCUCUAUAAAAUUAAUCUAUUAUAGAAUCAAAGUUUAUUUCUAAAUCAAAAAGUUAAAAUCAAUAAGAAUAUGAAAGCAUUUUCUAAUAAUAAAGAGAAUCCCCUUUUUUUUCAACUUACUUAAUCAUAAAUUCUGUUAUUAGAGAAUAUUAUGCAUAAACUGAAAAUAUUUUAAAUGAAUUGUCCACUACAAUAAAUAUAUCUAAUAUACUCUCAUAAUAAAUUACAAUUGAAUUAGUCAUUUAUUGCAUGGACAAUCUACUUUAUGAAUAUGACAAAUUACCAGAAAUCAACGAAAAUGUCAAAUAAGUUCUAUAUGAAGUCUUUUAUGAGAUUGGAGGGAAUUUCAUUUAAUUUAUAAAGAAUAUAAUGCAAAAUAAUGAUCACUAACAUUAAUAAUAUAAAUAUAUCAAGGCAUUUAUUAAUUUAUAAAGGCUAAUAAAAUUGAUUAUAUCCUUUAAUUUCAAGAAAAAAUAAGAAACAAUACAUUUGAUUUAUUAAAUUUUAUUAGGGAAUACUCUAUAUUUCACUUAUUUAAAAGAUAUUGAAAUUUAGAAUUUUCUAUAGAUUUUUGAGAUAUUUUAAUAAUGUUAUUUAUAAAAUAAAAUGCAACUUUAAGAAUUAAGUAAUGUUGAAUAAUUUUAGGAGAUUUCAUUUUAUUAAAUAUAUUUAUCAUGUUUAAAAUAAAAUUAUCAAUAAAUGUAAUAUAUAUAAUUUAUACAGUCAAAUUCAUGUAAAUGGAUUGAUUAAAUUAACUAGUUGAAUGAUAUCAAUUAUUAUUUAAUUUUCAUUUAUUUGAUUUAAAUAACUGAAUUUGUUGAUAACAUCAAAUUUGAUAUCGAAAUAAUACAAUUUAGAAAUCAAUAAAUAAUUACAUUGAUAUAGUAAAAGAAUAAUAAAAUUGUUGGUCAUUUAAUUAAUUAAUUAUUAUCUAAUCCAAAAUUAUAAUAUAUAUUGUAAAUAUUUGAUUUGAUUUUUCAAAAUUAAAAUAAAGAAACCAAAUUAUUAUAUUAUAAUAUAAUUGGAGAAUAAUUAUUAUAAAUUAAUAAUAAUAAUAUAUUAAAUAGUUACCUAGAUAUUCAUAUAUAAGAAUUGAAAGAGUUUAUUAAUGACAAUAAUAUAAAUACUCAAUAACUUAUUAAAUUUAUUUAAUACUUAUGUUAAUAUUACCAAUUAUUUAAUGAAGAACAAAAAAUAGUAUUCAACUCUUCACUUAUUCAAUUUUUUACUUAAGAAAUCAAAGAUCAGUAAUAUUAUAAGAUAUUUGAUUUAAAAAUUUUAGAAAACAUUGAAAAUGAAUAAAUUUAUUAAUAAAUAAUUGAUAUUGCUAUUUCAAAUUCCUCUAAAAGUCUAUAACAUAGCUAUGGUUUCUUGAAUUUCAUCUAGAAAGUUAAUUAUAUAAUUUAUAUUAUUUUAGUCAACUCAACUAAAUUCUAAAAGUUUUAAGCAUAUUUUGAGAUAUAUUACUAUUUUAAUGAGAUCUUGUAAGAGAAAUAAGUAAGGAGUAUAUAAAAAUAAAAUUAGUUAUAAAAAGGGAAAAGGAACUUAAAUUCUCAAUUAUUUAUAUUUAAAUUUAAGAUAUUUUGUAUCAUUAGUUAAAUAUAUUUAUGAUUUUAUAAUAAAGAGUUCUAAUAAAAGUGUUGAAUAACAUUAAAUCUAUAUUGAAAUCUAUCAUAAAAUCACAUAUAUAAUUUAUAUGAUUUUUUGGUUGACUGAUGAUAAAUAUAUUAUAAAUUUAGAUGAAAUUUAAUAAAUUUGUGUAGAAUUAUGCUAAAUUCACUAUAAAUUUACUAUUAAUCUAAUUAUUAUACUUUAAAACAAUGGAAAUCUAGAAAAAAAUAUACUCUAUUAAAUAAUAAAUAAUAUCAAUGCUAUUGCAUAUGGAUAGGAUUAUAUCAUUUAUAUUAAGGAUAAUUACUUUGAUAAAGAUGAAAAUUUAUUAAAUACUUCAAAUCUAUAUACUUAAUUAAAUCAGAGAAAGAUUCAAAUGAAGUUAGUAUUUAAUUAAUUUUAUGAAACAAGUAUAAGUAUUUUAUUUGAAGUGCCAAAUAUAUUAAUAGAUAGAAAAUUCUAUUUACAAAUAUUAAAAUUUUAAUUAAAAACAUAAAUUUCACUUAUACUUUCUUUUUAGGAUUUCUGUCCUAAAUUUAUAUUUUAUUUCAGAUUAGAAAGAGAUCCAGAAAUAAUAAAUUUGAUGUAAUAAUGCAUAAUCAUUGUGAUUUCUUUAAAUUAAGAUCCUCAAAUAAUUAAAUAACUUUUUGAAUCAUUAAGUCAACAUUAAUCUACAAUAUUGAUGAAUGAUUUAGAUGAUCUUUAAUUAGAUGCCAAUGAUUAAGAUUAAAUUUAAUUAGGUUACAGAUUGGCAAAUUUAUAACCUUAUAGAAUUCCUUUAUUCUAAUAGAGCAAUCAUUUAAUAACAUUAAUAGAUGAUAAAAAUUAUUAUACUAAAGUUUUCAAAAUAAUUUUAGAGAUAUUUUAAUCAGUUUAUUAGAAAUGGCAGUAAAUUUCAUAAUAGGAAUAAUCAAAUCAUUUAUAUUUUUAAGGAGGAGAAUCAUCAAUUCAGAUGAAUUUCACACCUAUUCCUAUAUAGAUAAUUUAAGUAUUGAUGAAAUUAAAACUUAAUAUUUAAGAGAAUGAAGAUGAUAAUCUUUAAGACUUAGAUGAAAUAAAAUUUGGAUCAUUUAUAGAUAAUUUUGAAUAUACUGAAAAAUUAAUUUUAUUUACUUUAGAAUUUACUAAAAAUCAAGAAAUUCAAAUAGCUAUUAAUUAAUAGACAUUUUUUAUUAUUUAUAAAUAAGAUGAAACCUAUUAGGAAUAAGAUUAUCAAACUAAUCUAGACUUGUCAUAAUGGUUUAAUUUAGAUUUUUAAAUAAAAAAUAAUUAAUAUCUAAUACUUAAAAUUAAUGAAUAAAUAUUUAAUUUUUAAUUAAAAUCACAAUUGAAUUAGUAACUCUAAUUUUAUAAGUUCAUUUUGGGAAUUAAAUUGAACGAUAAUAUUUGGAUAUAAAAUGAAUAGAAUAACUAUUAUUAAAUUUAAUAUAAUAAUUCAUUGAAUUUAAUGAGUUAAUAUUCAUUUGAGGGGCAUGUAUCAGAAUUCAAUUUAAUAAUAAAUAAAUAUAAGAUUUAAUUUGAAUAAACUAAUAAAAUAAAUACAUAAAAACAAACAAUAAACUUCAUUAAUACAGGAGUCAUAAGAGAAAAUGUAUAUAAAUUUGAUGAUAUUUUUUUAAUUACACCAUAUAUGCAUAAUUAAUUUAAUACAUAUUUACAGAAUGUCUAUUUUUUGAAUAUGAAAUAAGGAAUUAAUUUUAUCUAAUAAUGUGGAGGAGUCAACAUCUUUUAUAUGAUUUUAGAUUUAUUAUAUGACUUAUGUAAAAACACAAAUGUAAGUGAUUAUGAAGAAAUUAUAAUGUUAAUAUUGGAUUUAUUCAAAGAAAAUAUUUAAUUUUAGAAUAAUUUGUUUAAUUCUUAAAAUCUAUAAUAUCUUGAAGAUAAUUGUAAAAAGUGGAUUUAAAAUAAUGAAAGAAUUUCAAAUGAAUUCAUAAAUAAAUUAAUGUCUAUAUAUAAUAUAAUCAAAAAUGAAUAAGCUUAGAUUUAAUAUCUGAUUACUAUUAUAAAGAUAUUGGAUAAUAAAUUGACUACUUUAGAAUAAAUAAAGAUUGUAUGUACAAAAUCAGUAAUAUAGAAUAUGAUUAACCAAAAUUGUUUAAAUGAAUUAAUUAAUAUUCAUUUAUAUUUUGAAAGUAGAUAUAUAUUUACUUUGGUUUCUUUGAAAAAGAGUUAAGAAUUUAUUGAUAUUGAAGCUAUUAAUUUAUAACCAUAUUCCUUAAUUAAUUGUAUUCAAUAUUAAGGAAUUGUAUAAAUUGCUGAUAUAAAUUCCAUUAGUAAAAUUUUUAAUUUAAUAUUAAUUUAAUAAUCUUUUAAUUUAUUCACUUUAGAUAUAUUAUAAAUAAUAGAUAUUUUAAUAGGAGAAAGAAUGAAAUAAAAAAUUAAAUUAAAAGAUGAGGAAGAAGAAGAUUUAAAUAUUUAUAAAAAUAUCAUUAUUUAAAUUUUAGAUAAGUAUUAAAAAUUGUAUAAAACUAAUUAAGUAUAUUUUUAUGAAUUAGAAGUAUUUGAUAAAUUGAAUGAAUUGACAUUUUCAAUUUAUUUUUCAAUAGUUUAAUAAUUAAGAUAUAAUUCUAAAGAAGAUGGAGAAUUGAAUUAAUUAUAAAUUUAUUAUGAUUAUAUUUCACAUAAAUAAUAAGCAGUAAUUGGAUAUUGUUUAAUUUCAAAAAUAUUAUCUUUAAUUAAGUAUUUUGAAGAAGAUAUACAAUUAGUUAACUAAUUGUUAAGAUUUAUUAAUUAAUUGUAUUAAUAUCAAUUAAUAAAUGAUUCAAUAAAUGAAAUAAUAAUAAUUUGGUUUUUGGAUUAAUUUAAAAAUAUUGUAUUAAGAAAAUAACAAUCAGAUAUUUUAUUAAUGAAUCUAAUUUAAUUAUAAAAUUAUACUUUAUUAAUCAAACAUCUUAUGACUACUUAUAUAAAUAAAAAUUAAAAUAUUUCUGAUUUAUUCACAUAUUGUAUUAUUUAUCUAAUAGAAUUGUAUUCAAAUUUCACAAUUGAAAUCUUAUAUUAAAUACAUAUUUAAAGCUAAAUAAUAAAUAGUGAUAGUUUUAAUUUAUAUUUAUAAGCUAUUUAUCCUACAAUAAUCUAAUUUUAUGCAUUAAAAUAAGUAUAGUAAUUUUAAGUUAAAGAAGAUGGAAGUAAAUUAAUAAAUAUCAUAAUAAUAUAUCUACAUAUUGAAUAAUGCAUAGGAGAAAUUCCAAAUCUUGAAUCUAUUAAUUGGGAUAAAUACUCUUAGAUAAUGGACAAGGGAAUUGAUCUAUUUAAUUAUUUAGAUAUCUUAUUUUAUAAUCAUAAUUUCUUUUUACCUUGUAUUGAAGAUACUUUUACAUUAUAAUAGAUUAAAGAAGAUUAUGAUAAAUUAAGAAAGUAAAACAAUAGACUUUUACCAAAUGGAGGUAUAAAAAGGUUAAUGAUAUAAUUAAUUGCACCAUUUGUUAAAAUUCCAUAAAUGAAGAAACCAAUAAAAAAUUAUUUAUCUAUCAAUAAAUAUAGCAUAGAAAGUAGAAUUGAUUAAUAAAGUUGUUAAAGAAUUAAAUUAUUAAUUGAUGAAGAAUUCUCAGUUCCUUUAUUACAAACAAAGAAAUAAUACAAAAAAAAAUUAACAGAAUUGUUAUAUCAUUAAGAUAAUUAUAAAGAGUAAAUGAAAAAAAAAGAAAAAAAAUCUAAAUUAAUAAAUCAUUCAAAAUUUUAUUAACUUUUAGUUUAUUAUUUUUUAUUAUAAGAUAAUUCACUUAAUAAGAUAGAUAAGUAAGAAUUAAAAAAUUAAAAUGAAAUUCAAGAAAUAUUUAAAAAAUAUUAAUUGACUAAAUUUAUUAAAUGGAAAAUGGUAGAUCAUAAUUUAAUUGAAUGCUUAAUAUAUAAAGAGAAAGCUCAAAAAUAAAUAUUCAUAGCUUUCAAUUAGCUUAAUAAAUUAAAAAAGUAAACUUUAUAAAAUUAAAUAUCAAUAAAUAAUACUUAUGAUUUAUCUUAAAUAGAUUCAAUCAAUGAUGAAUUAGCAAAUAUCAUUAAAUUAAGUAUAUUCAUGGAUAUUCAGAUAUAUUAUGAAUUCAUUCAUAAACUUUGGUUAUUGUAUCCUAGAAUUAUUGAUCCUCUAGUAAUACCAAGAACAUAAAGUAAUUUAUUAGUAGAUCCAAAAUUAUUGGAUAUAUCUUAAUUUAGAGAUAUUUAUAAACAAGAUUUGAGGAUUAAGAAUUUAGAUUAAGAGGAAAAAUAAUAAUUAUAGUUUAUNCACAUAUUGUAUUAUUUAUCUAAUAGAAUUGUAUUCAAAUUUCACAAUUGAAAUCUUAUAUUAAAUACAUAUUUAAAGCUAAAUAAUAAAUAGUGAUAGUUUUAAUUUAUAUUUAUAAGCUAUUUAUCCUACAAUAAUCUAAUUUUAUGCAUUAAAAUAAGUAUAGUAAUUUUAAGUUAAAGAAGAUGGAAGUAAAUUAAUAAAUAUCAUAAUAAUAUAUCUACAUAUUGAAUAAUGCAUAGGAGAAAUUCCAAAUCUUGAAUCUAUUAAUUGGGAUAAAUACUCUUAGAUAAUGGACAAGGGAAUUGAUCUAUUUAAUUAUUUAGAUAUCUUAUUUUAUAAUCAUAAUUUCUUUUUACCUUGUAUUGAAGAUACUUUUACAUUAUAAUAGAUUAAAGAAGAUUAUGAUAAAUUAAGAAAGUAAAACAAUAGACUUUUACCAAAUGGAGGUAUAAAAAGGUUAAUGAUAUAAUUAAUUGCACCAUUUGUUAAAAUUCCAUAAAUGAAGAAACCAAUAAAAAAUUAUUUAUCUAUCAAUAAAUAUAGCAUAGAAAGUAGAAUUGAUUAAUAAAGUUGUUAAAGAAUUAAAUUAUUAAUUGAUGAAGAAUUCUCAGUUCCUUUAUUACAAACAAAGAAAUAAUACAAAAAAAAAUUAACAGAAUUGUUAUAUCAUUAAGAUAAUUAUAAAGAGUAAAUGAAAAAAAAAGAAAAAAAAUCUAAAUUAAUAAAUCAUUCAAAAUUUUAUUAACUUUUAGUUUAUUAUUUUUUAUUAUAAGAUAAUUCACUUAAUAAGAUAGAUAAGUAAGAAUUAAAAAAUUAAAAUGAAAUUCAAGAAAUAUUUAAAAAAUAUUAAUUGACUAAAUUUAUUAAAUGGAAAAUGGUAGAUCAUAAUUUAAUUGAAUGCUUAAUAUAUAAAGAGAAAGCUCAAAAAUAAAUAUUCAUAGCUUUCAAUUAGCUUAAUAAAUUAAAAAAGUAAACUUUAUAAAAUUAAAUAUCAAUAAAUAAUACUUAUGAUUUAUCUUAAAUAGAUUCAAUCAAUGAUGAAUUAGCAAAUAUCAUUAAAUUAAGUAUAUUCAUGGAUAUUCAGAUAUAUUAUGAAUUCAUUCAUAAACUUUGGUUAUUGUAUCCUAGAAUUAUUGAUCCUCUAGUAAUACCAAGAACAUAAAGUAAUUUAUUAGUAGAUCCAAAAUUAUUGGAUAUAUCUUAAUUUAGAGAUAUUUAUAAACAAGAUUUGAGGAUUAAGAAUUUAGAUUAAGAGGAAAAAUAAUAAUUAUAGUUUAUAGUUAAAGACUAAUUAUAAAUACUUUAACAAGAAUUAAAUAAAUUUAUUACCCAUAAGAAAUUUAAAUUUCAAGUUUUAGAGAGUAUGCAAUUGAAAAAGAUAGAAUAUUCAGAAGACAUGACAAGAAAAAGACCAUAUUUAAAAAUAACUAAAAUAAUAUAAUUUUAUAAUUCAUAUUUAGAAACACCUAAUUAAGUUGGUAAAUUAAUAAAGAGAACUAAUACAAUAUCAUCUAUAAAAAAAGAAUAAUUAAUUUAAUAUAAACUAAAUUAUGCAUUCAAUAAUAUUAAAAAAGGAUAAUCAGAUAAAAAUCAAUUAGGGAUUACUAAAUAUUAUUGUGAAUAUAUUACUUAAGAAGGGGCUUAUUAAGGAUUUUUAAGAUUUAAUGAAACAAAUUAAUGUAUUUAGUUUCAAUAAGAAGAAUUAGAAUUCUAAGAAUUAUUUUCUAGUCCAGAGGUGAUAUAAACAACAGAAGAUUUAUUUCUUUAAAUUUCUCUAGCUUAGAUAAUUAAUAUAUAUCCAAGAAGAUUUUUAUUAAUGGAAAUUGCUAUAGAGAUAUUUAUUAAUAGAUAGAAUUACUUUUUCAAUUUAUUUAAAAAUUAAGAAUAAUAAGAAUUAUUAUAACAAUUUAAAAAGAAAUAAGUAUAAGUAAUUGAUCCAAUAGAAGAAUUUAAGAAAAUGAAUUAUUAAUAAAAAUGGGUUGAAGGAAAAUUAUCAAACUUUCAAUACUUAAUGUUAGUGAACACUUUUUCAGGAAGAACUUAUAAUGAUUUAAGUUAAUACUUUGUAUUUCCAUGGGUCAUUUCAAAUUAUUAUUCCUAAUAAAUUGAUUUCAAAUAAGAGAAUGAAUAAAAUACAUUUAGAAAUUUUAAAUUACCUAUUGGUGCAAUUUCAAGAAAACCAGAAUAAAUUAUUAAAGAAUACCAAGACAGAGAAAUAUAUUUAAAAGAUGAAAACUAUCAACAUAAAUAUCAUUAUUCAAAUAUUUAAACUGUUCUAAAUUAUUUAAUAAGAUUAAAAUCUUAUAAAUUGAUUGAACAUUCAGAUUGGUUAUUUUUUAGUAUAAAUUAAUAAUGGGAAAAUAGUAUAAAAUAUGAUAACAAAGAGUUGAUUCCAGAAUUCUAUUAUAUGCCUUAAUUUCUAAGGAAUAUGUAUUUGUAUUAGUAUAUUUAGUAAUUAUCUCUCUUUUGAGACAUCAUAAUAACAAUCAAACAUUCCUGAUGUAGUAUUACCAAAGUGGGUAAAAACAUAAACAGCAGAAGAAUUUGUUUAUAGAAUGAGAUAAGCUUUGGAGAGUGAUUAAGUAUCUAAUUAAUUAAAUAGCUGGAUAGAUUUAAUAUUUGGAAUCAAUAAUAAUGGAUAUAAUGCAAAAGAAAAUAUAAAUCUAUUUCAUUAUCUAACAUAUGAAUAAAAUUUACAAAAGAUAUUAAAUUAGAAUUAUAACCAUUAAACAAUUCGAUCAUAUUUAACUAAACUUUAUUAUUUAGGUUAAACACCUAAAUAAUUGUUUCAAAAGGCUCAUUAAAAGAGAAUGUAUAGUUUGUAAUUAUUUACAAAUUAAAUCCCCUUUUUUGGUGAUAACCCAUAUAAAAAUAAUAAGUUUAUUGUCUUUUAAUAAAAGAAAAUAAAAAAUUAAUUAAACAAAUCAUAAAUUCUAGGAUUUUAUCCUUAUUCUAAAAAACUUAAUUAUAUUUUGUAAGCUGAUGAUGAGAAAUAUAAUAAUUUAACCUUAAUAAAGGCUAAAAAUAAAGAGGAUUAAGGCUUUUAUUAUAAUUAAGUCUAUCUUAAAUAGGAAAAGAAAUUGCCAGAGAUAAAAAUAGAUGGAUGUAAUCCUUAGAAUUUAUUUGCUUUCAUUUAUGAACAGGAAUAUAAUUUUGGAGAUUGUUAUGACUCCUAAUUUUAUAGUAUUUUUGAAGAGAAAUAGAAUUACAAUUUAUAUUUCUGUUUAGUUGGAUUCUUAGAUAAGAGUGUAAAAAUCUAUGAUUUAAGGAAUAAAAUGAAGGAAUUAGAUAUAGAUAUUUCAUUAAAAAAUGUAAAAAGAACAUCAUGUGUUAGAUAUCAUGCUGUAUCAAAUAUUUUAGCAAUUGGAUCAUUGGAUGGAUUAUUAUAAUUAUUUGAACUCUAAUUCAGACCAUAAAUGUAAGCAAAAGAAUUAUUUACAAAAUAAUUAAAGAAUGGAAUUUUAUGUAUAGAUCUAACAGAUUUUCUUAUAUUAACAGUAGACUAUAAGAAUAUAGCUAAUCUAUUGACUUUAGAAGGAAAGUAAUAUAUAAUGUAUUUUAAAGUUUAUUACAUACAAUUUAUUUGGAUAGUUAUGAUAAAUUUUGGUAAUGUUAAAUUUAGAUGUAUUUUUUGGUAUUUAAGAGUAUAAAUUCAUAAAUUUGUAUAUUUACAUUAAAUGGUUAAUAAUAUCUAAAGACUAUGAAUUUAUUAAAUAGAGUUACUAAGAAUAUUAUGUUCACUACUCCUUUUUCAUCUAAAUUUGUAUAGCCUGAUAUUUAUUAUAUUAGUUGUUGUAUACAUUGAAUUAAAAUAUAAAAGAAAACUUGUCUAAUUUUGUACCUAUCAUUUAUAUUUUUGAUAUAUUUGAUCUGAAAUUACAGAAAUAAUAAUUAGGAAGUUUAAAUUAUGAACAAAUACUGUUCAAAUAGGAAAAAUUAAGGGGAAGUGAAAUAUCAGCUCUACAUAUAAGUUUUGAUAGAUAUUAAAUCUAAAAAGAGUAUUAAAUUAAACACAUUUAUUUGAUUGCAACAGAUAAUCAAAUAUUAUUUUUUAUAGAUGAAAAAUAUGGUAUGAUAUUAUUCUAUAUAAAUAGAUUAUAAACUGAUACUAAGAUAAAAAUUGAAGGAAGGAGGACUCUCUAUUAUUUGA